AUGAUCAAGGAACAGACCUUCAUUUUGUCUGAGCUGGCAACCGUUGUGGAGUUUUUGUGUGAUCAACUAGUUCUCAUGCAUGCCCAUGCUGAGGCUGGCGCUGAUCUUCAUAACCAUCUGGAAGAAGCGCUAGCAACUCAGAUUUUGCAGGCAGGUUUGUCUAUCUCCUCUAGCAACAGUCCCAGAGACCAUCCUGAAGGAGACAAGGCUCAGAGUGUCUCAGACACAAGCUCCUUGUCCAGCGUGACUACAGCUGUGAAUACUGCACCACCUUCCAUCACUAUUACUGCUGCAGCUGGUGCUGCACCUCAUGGGAGUACUUCUGUUACGACUAGGAUAGUUCUUCUUCAGUGUUCCAAUAAAGGAUGA